AUGACUCUAGCCACUGUGGCCUUUGACAUAUUUCUCCGUGGCUCUAGAAGCCAAAGGCAUGCAGCCGCCAAGUCGUUGGUUGGCUCUUUGCGAAGGACCGGCUUUGUGAAGCUGAUCAAUCAUGGCCUUCCCCUAGAGACAAUUGAGAAAGCGCAGGAAUGGGAGAAUUUCGAUGUCGGCCCACAGGAUGACGCUGUAUAUCCGAACAGAUGGCCACAUGACAGCCUUCCAGGCUUCCAAGCAUUCACAGAGGCAUUCUUUAGGGAGUGUCAGAACUUGUGCCUAGAUGUUAUGUCGGCGUGUGAGAUUGGGUGCGAUGUACCUGAAGGAACGUUCGUCAGGCGUUGUAUGCCGGCUUCCAGCGAGCUGAGAUACAACUAUUAUCCCCCUGUUAGCCUGUCCCGGCUGAAUGAAGGUACGACUCGUCGGGGAUGGCCUCACACUGACUUUGGAAUCAUUACGCUGCUUUUCCAGGAUACCAAAGGGGGACUGGAAUAUGAGGACCGUCAGCACCCCGGAACAUUCAUUCCAUUAGUGCGGGAGAGGCCUGAUGAGAUAGCGAUCAACGUGAGCGACACCUUCCAACGAUUAACAAAUGACUUCAUCCGAGCUGGUGUACAUCAAGUCUCCCUUCCCCAAAACCUUUCCUCUAUGCCACAAAACUCCAGUGACCAUAUCCUGCCCGAGCGACAUUCAACUGUCUUUUUCUUCAAGGCUCAUCGCGAGUGCAUGGUGGGUGCUAUACCGGAUUUCGUUAACGAGCAGAACCCGGCAAAAUAUGAUAACAUCACUGCUCUUGAGUUUCAUAAUCGCAUGACAGAUAUUUUGGUUCGCAACGCCAGUUCUCCUCCAACUGCCACAUAG